GGUCACAAAUAUAGAACAAAAAAAAUAGUAAAAAAGUGACACUGACAAAUUUGGCGCUUAUUAGUACUUUCUGAAGGUUUUGAAUAUUUUUAGUGCUAAAUCAUUUAGAAACUUUUAUCUGAAAAUAAUGGCAGAUAUAUCUGGAGGAGACUCGGAUCAAAUUCCAGCACAUUUAAUACCUAGUCCUAUUAUAACCAAAAGGAAUAGAUCCGCUUCAACUUCUGAAAGAAUAUUGAAGUCAAAGCCUUUGUAUGGAAACAUUAAGAUAUUUUGUCGAGAAAAAGGGCAUGGGUUUAUAACCCCCGAAGAUGGAGCCGAUGAUAUAUUUGUUCAUGUAUCAGACAUUGAGGAUGAAUUUGUUCCAAUGCCUGGGGACAGGGUUAAAUACAAUUUGUGCCCUAUACCCCCAAAAUUUGAGAAAUUCCAGGCAGUUCAUGUUCAUAUAGUGAAUUUAAAACCAGGCAUCCACAAGAAGUGGGUUUGUUACAAUUAUUAAUUUGCAAACGUCUGAUUCAUAAUUCUGACUAUACAAACUAAAACAGUGAACAUUUAUUUAUGUAACAGGUUAGCACAAUUAAUUUCUCACAUUAUAUCUGUAAAACCUUGAACCCUGAAUAUUUGUUAAUUUGUUGUUUGCUUCAUUAGUAGUCGUAAUAGUAAGGUAGGUAUACAAAAAAAAAAGCAAAAAUUGAGAUGUGUCAUUCCUUUUUCAUAUGUUGUCUUUCACUUAAAUUGUUAGUUAUUUAUAAAACUUAGGUUUUUUAUGUUUGUUGUAUACCUACCACAAAAUAUUGAAUGCUGAAUAACUACAAAUUAAGGAAUUAUAUUUAAUCUAACUAAAGUUCAGACAUAAUGUGUGUUUAUAUCAGAAUCAUAUAACUCGUUACAUUUAAUGUUGUUUAUAUUUGUUGGACAUAAAAUAUUGUUUUCUAAAUUUUAUAGAACUAUCAAAUGUUAAUUAAUAAUCCUGUUUUUAACUGGUGUUAUGGAUAUUUUGAGAUAAAGGAUUAUCAGCAAUUACUACGUAACAAAUAUCUAUUUCUUUUUGGAGAUAGUGUAUCAGGAGUAUACUAGUAAAAUAUAUACUUAGGUAUAUUUCAUUGUGUUUUUUAUAAUUUAAUAGAUUAUCCCCAGUUCACUUAGAGAUUAAAUAAAAAUAAUGGUGGUUAGAUUUAACUUACCCUCAAGUCUUAAGGAAAUUUAUUAUUUUACAAACCAGUGUGAACGUUUUCUCGUGUCCCUUAUAAAUCUUGUAACAAAUUUUUAACAUACACCAUGUGUUCAUCGGAAGAUCCCUCAUCCAUAAAACAAAAAGCUCCUAUCAACAUGUGUCUGUUUUGUAGCUGUUUUACAUUUUAUUUAUAAAUAAACUCACGAAGUUCUUCAUGAAUUUAUUCAUAAAGUGUUUGAUUUUACACUGUUUUAAACUUGAAUUUCUUCGAAACAAAAAUAGCUACUACCAAUGUUGACAGAUCGUAAUCAUUAAAAACAUUUUGAAAAUGAUUGAAUUCAUUUUCUUGAAUAAGUUGGAUUUGUUAUUUAUUUGUUAAUUAGGCAACAUGAAAAUAAUUUUAAAUUGCGAUCAUACUUUGCCAGUUCAAGUCUUUAUUUUUGGUGAUUCUUCUGAAAUCCGCAAAAAAAAAUUUUGAAGAACUUAUCACCCAAAUUUCAUUUGAAUUGUUAAAAUCAUAGCAACAAAAAUUAAAAUAAAUCGUGAACACUAUAUAUCAGAAACAAUGGAGUAAUAUUAGAAACUUGUUGGUUUGAUUUUUUGAUGAAGAAUCAUCUCGUGAGCAAUGGCACAUUCAAAAUAUUGUGUAUACAUGUUGAAGGAUGAAUUUUGAGGUAGCUCAUGCAGCAAAUUUGACAUUUCUUUGUCAAACGCCAAACAAAUUUAGUGGCAAAUGUUCACAUUUUUCAAAGCUUGUACUCAUUUUAGAUGAAUGAAUAUACAAUUAUGUGGAUAACAUUGUUAUUGUCCAGUAAUAUUUUUUUGUUUGCAUUAUUUUUUGCAUUUAAAAUUUGUUUCCCAAAUAGAACCUGUGCAACUUCUACAUACUUGUAAAUCAUGUUGUUUUGAGUAUUGUGUUUGUAUCCUGUUGUGCUAUUGUAUUUUCCCAAUUAUAAAAAUUGUAGUUACAAUUAUUAUUAGACUAUAUACUUUAAAUAUAAAAAGUUAACAAUCACAUAUAAGAAGCUAUAUCGUAGAAGUUACCACCACACCUCAUGUCUCACAUACCACCCCUAAUGCUGUCGAUUAAUUUGUUUCUCAAUAUAUAUCUUGAGGAAGAGAUAAUUGCCAUAUUUGUCAGGUGUAAUGGUUUUUAGCUCUAAGUAAAUGUAACAAAACUGUAAUUUAAGCAAUAUAUUAACUAAUACCCAA